GUCAAUAUAAACAAAAGAAUUUCGCAAGUGCAAAAAUAAUUAAAUUUCGAGCCAUUUCUCGUGGAAAUUAACGCGAAUUUUCGUGUUAAACGACGAAAUUUGCAUCAAUUCUUGCUGAAAAUGAUAAAAACCAAGUUCAAAUCGGAAUAGGACGUCGUAAAAUCGUGUGACAUACUUUCCAGUGUUUCCUUCACAGUAGCCAAAUCUUGCCAUUUAUUUAUUAUUUGUAAAAAAUUACACGGUAUUGCACCCGAAAGUUAAUCACGGAAAACGGUGCGAAAAUUCCCACGGAUCAUUUUUUGGGCAUAAUUUAGUUUUUUUUUUAUUAUUUGAAGACUAAAAAAUGCACAAAGCAACUUCGUCGUGUGUCGUUAAUAGAGCAGUACACAAAAUAUAAUUAUUUGCCAUUCACUUCUUCUUUCUACCUCGUCUCUCUCUAUCGCUACUCUAAUUCAUUGUUCGUACAAAUUGUGCAAGCAACACAUUGAAGUCAAAUUGAAGCAGAAUAUGUAAAAGAGAAAAGUUAAGCAAUAUUGAGUCCAGUACAAGUACAACAAAGUAGUUAAAAAAAUCGUUUUUUAUGAAUAAACUUACAUCGUCGUUGAUAGAUACUGUUUUAUGAACCAGUUUUCUUAAUUGUUGUUCGGAAUCAUGGCGAGUGCAGUUGACACACAUCUUCAUGGCGUGAAUUUCGAGUCUUUUAAUCACACAAACACGAUUUUGAAGGGUUUGAACGAUCUGAGGCUCAAAGGAUGUCUCUUCGAUAUCACAUUGAAAGUUGAGGAUAAGAGUUUUAAGGCUCACAAAGCAGUUUUAGCUGCUUGUUCGGAUUAUUUUCGCGCCAUGUUCAUCGAUUGCAUGAAAGAAGCCAACCAGAAUGAAGUUUCGCUCAGUGUCUCAUCCCAAGGCAUCGAAUUGCUCCUCGAAUACAUCUACACCUCAAAGUUACAGUUGAAUUUAGCGAACAUCCAAAAUGUUUUGGCAGCUGCUUCCUACACACAACUCGAUUCCGUGGUCGAAGCCUGUCUCAAUUACUUGCAAGAUCAACUGGAUAUCGACAACUGCAUUGACAUCCUCACCAUUUCCGAAACGUACUCCCUGAAUAGUCUCAAGGAACGCGUUUAUCGCUUCAUUUGCGGGCAUUUAUUCGAAGUUUCGCAAAUAAAUGAAUUUAUUCGACUGACAUUUGCUCAACUGAGUUACAUCCUGAGUUGUGACUACCCCGUUGAUUGUUCAGAGUCGCAAGUGUUGUCACAAGUCGUCUUGCAGUGGAUAAUUCAAACGAAUUUGCCCGUCACGGAGGAAAAUGAACAACUGAAUAAUCUCCUCAAGCAGAUCCGGUUCAAUGAAAUGCCUUUAACUGCCGUGAAACAAGCUCUGUCGCACAAUCAACUCACGCCGAAGCACGAUUUGUACAAAAUUGUCAUAACUCACGCACGUACGGAGCGGAAAAAAUUCCGUACAACCCAAUCUUUGCUCAAUAGUGCCUCUUUAGUGAACUCGAGAGGCAUGGAAAUUGCCCUCAUAAAAAUCGGGGGAUUCGAUUUGAGUGGCAUUACGAAUGAGAUUACUUAUUGUUUUCCGAAUGCCAAGACGCCUUCGGAGCAAGUAUGGCGUUAUUUGACGUCAAUUCCUCAUAUAAAGCAGUCGAACUUUGGUUGUGUCGUCCUGAACAAUCAACUUUACGUCGUCGGAGGCUGUUAUGACAUCUCCUUGGAAGAAUAUAUCCAUCCGUUUGGCUUCCGUUACUGCCCGAUCACGAAUAAAUGGCAAACAAUUUCGCCCAUGAACCAGGAUCGCUGUCGAUUUUCCUUGAAUGUCGUUGGAAGUCGCAUUUACGCGAUCGGCGGUGUUAGCGAGAGUCACGAUGACGACAUGUACGACGGCGGAGAAACGAAUUAUUCGAGUGGCGAAGUUUACAAUCCAGAAACCGACAAAUGGGAGUUCAUCACAGCUCUUCCGGAGUACCGUUCGCAACAUGCCAGCUGCGCUGUCGAUCGAUAUUUGUACAUUUCGGGCGGACUCGAUCAAUUUGGAGGCGUUUUGAGUACUUUUUGGAAGUAUAACACGACAUGCAACUAUUGGACUCAAUUACCGCCGAUGUUGACGGGAAGAGCGGAUCACGUAAUCCUGAAUAUCGGAGCAAAAUUGUACAUUUGUGGCGGAUGGUACGAAAUAAAUACGACAAGAAUUCUCGCCGGAACGAUUGAUGUCUUCAAUUACGCCACAAAUUCAUGGUCGACACUGACACGAAUCCCAACGCCCAAAUUUCACGCUGGAAUUGUUCAUUUGAAUAAUAAAAUCUACAUAAUUGGCGGUUUUUGCUCCGAUGACAUCUUUCGACAUACGGCAAGUCGCAUUGAAGUCUUCGAUAUUGACAAAAAUACGUGGAGCGUAAUGGAUAAUUAUCCGAAGAACAUUUGGGAACAUGCGUGUGCGAGCUUGUACAUUCCCAAAUGUCGCGAAGAUAUGGUAGUUAUUGACUCAUAACGCAGACACGGAUCGUUCUUAUGACAUUUGGUCACACAAAAUUGAAUUUUUUUCGUGAAUUUCCUAAUUUAUUGUACUAUAGGUAACAUUUUUUUCGGACCCGAAUGUGACCUCAGCUGUUUUUUAUACUUACUUAUUUAUACAACGUAUUUAUUUAACAUGUUAGAGAGAUAAAUAA